AGGAAAAAAAAAAAGGCAAAUGAAGGAAUCAAAGUACCGAACUCAGCUCCACAAGAUCCUUGUAUUUGCUAUCCAUGGCCACGCUAUGUUUUUCAUCCCUCAAUCCUCUAUCCUCUCCUUUUUCUUCUUCUUCCUCCUCUUCAACUAAUCAUUUCCUCCCUCAACUAUCCCUAACAAAGCAAGAUAUUUCCACACUGUCCCGUACCAACAAUUCUAAACGUAGGAAGCUUCUAUAUCACCCCACAAGGCUCAUUCUCCACCCUGUUUUGUUGCUCACCGGUUUUGAUAAGCCCUUAGAUACCCAAAAUUUUCUUGCCACUAUCAGUGUUUUGGCUGCCAUUGCACUCUCUCUCUUUCUUGGCCUCAAGGGUGAUCCCGUCCCAUGUGAUCGUUGUGCUGGAAAUGGAGGUACAAAAUGUGUCUUUUGCGAAGAUGGUAAGAUGAAGCAAGAAACAGGCUUGAUCGAUUGUCGGGUGUGUAAAGGUGCAGGUAAGAUUUACUUAAAGGAUUGAUACUUUGCAAGAAAUGCGGAGGUUCUGGAUAUUCAAAACGUUUAUAAGCUGUGGGUUCUACUUCCAAUGAUCACAAUAUAUUUUUGCUUCCCUAAGGCUAAUUUACCAAUUACCAGUGCUUUUAAUUCAUUCAUCCCAAUCACUUUUUCCUUUUUAUUUUGUGUCCUCUAUCAACUAAGCACGCGGUUCUAUAUAUCUAACUCUGGAUUUUAUUAACAAAAGUUGUAAAUUUCUAUUGUGAUUA